AUGACUGUUGCCUUAGACCCCACUAAGGUCUGGAGGCCGAAUGCAAUACAAUUUACUUUUGCCUUGAAAAAUCCAAUCAAGCUGCAACCUUGGGAGUAUCUUCACUCAGACGUGAAACAAGGUGAUAUACUCGGACAUGGCGCAUUUGGUGAAGUUCGUGCUGGAAAGUUGCAUUUAAAAAGCGGAGAAGAUGUUGAAGUAGCUAUUAAACUGGUAAGAUACUUCCUAUCGUUUAACCGUUUGCAUACGAGUACGAAGGCUCGGUUGAUGCGUAAUUUCAAGCAUAAUAAUAUUGUACGUAUCUAUGGUGUUGCAGUAGACGAACAACCACUUUACAUUUUACUGGAACUCGUUACAGGUAUUCUAUUAAUUAGCUCAAUUGCAGCUAUAUACGCCUAUAAGGGAAUAAAAGCACUGCAAACAAGUUGUAGACAUUUAGCUUCAGAUUUUCGUAAUCCAGUAGGUUAUAUUCAUGAGGCUCGGCUGAUGCGUAAUUUCAAGCAUAAUAAUAUUGUACGUAUCUAUGGUGUUGCAGUAGACGAACAACCGCUCUACAUCUUACUGGAACUCGUUACAGGUAUUUCGAUAACCUCAAUUACUAUUAUAUAG